GGACAACUCAUCAGAUGUGGGUGUAGGGAACUCAUUCAGUUGGGCUCUUGCAGGUUUUUAAGGUUUCACCCUGAAGAAUGGAAGAUUUCUACAUUAACAACACCUCGCUGGCCAACAGCUAUAAUUACAGCAACAUCACCUCCAACAAUAAGGAUAACAAAGAGGUUAACUUUAACCUGCGUGUGAUCUUUUACAUAAUCAUUUGUAUCGGCCUUCUUUUUACCCUCAUGGCCAUCUAUGCUCUUUAUUCUCAGGUGCGAAAUGAUCACGUUGCUCCAAUCUACGUCAUCAACCUCUUCAUUUCUGACCUCAUUCAGCUCUGCUACUUGAUCGUUUGGGUGGCACUACGUGGGGAUCAGAAGAUAGUUCAAAUUUUAGAAUUAAUCGCUGGUUGUUGUCUGUUGGCCAGUGUCGGCUUCAUGGUGUGUAUCGCCCUGGAAAGGUAUUUGGUCAUCGCCUUCCCGCUGUGGUACCGCUUCAGACGAACCAUCAAGACCUCUGUGGUGGUCUGUGUCGUGGUCUGGGUCAUUCCUUUAUUCGUUAAGCUCCCUUUCAUUUUCUUGGAUGAUUUUAACGUUAAAUUCAUUAUCUUCGGUGUCUUCCUCCUCUUUCCUUUCCCACUGUUGAUAUUCUUCCUCGGUGGGACCCUCAAAGCCCUGUCUGCCAGCCGAGUCCCCUCUGAUGAAAAACGAAGAAUUGUGGGAGUUUUGGUUCUGGUGCUGCUUAUUUACACUCUGCUGUUCCUGCCCAGCAUCAUUAGGUCGUUGACAGAGGAAACAAGAAGGUGUUUUACCUUGAAUAUUGUGUCUUCCGUGUUUCUUUGCUUGAAUCCUUUUGCAGACGCAGUUCUGUAUGUUUUCAUGAGGAAAGGGACCAUAGACAAGCUUUUGGCCUCUGUGUGUUGUUGCAGAAUGAACAGCAAUGAUAUCAGCAGUUCAUCAGUAUGAAUGAUAACAACAUUUACACAGUCAGCUUCAUGUAGGCAGAGAAAGAGGGAGAGAGAGAAAGAGAAGAAAACAGAAGGAGAAAUGUAGGCAAAGGCUUAUAGGCUUCAACAGAUUUAAAUAAGAUACAAAUUCUUAUUAGUUUAUUAUCUGUUAGGUGUCUAUCAUUAUUAUCGUUUAAUCACCGAAGUGAACCAGAUGUUCUUUUGUAAUUACCUAAACUCAUUAUAGCUGCCACACCGUUUUAAGCCUAAAUCUUUAUUUAUUAUUACAGUAUAUGUAAUUUUAUAUGAUUGUACAGUUGUACAUUUUCUGGAAAUCCAAUAAAGGUUCUACCAAAAUGU